UGAUACAGUGUUUGAACCCUGGCAGAAAGCAGGCAUAUCAUCAGCCAAUCCCUGGAUAAAACUUCUGAUCAAUGGUUUUACUAGCAAAGAAUAACUUCGGUCUUUAGAGUCUUUUUAGUUUUACAACUUUGUAUCCACCUUUCACUUUCAUCUUGUCCUCAGCUGAACUUCCUUUGUUUUAGAGUAACUUACCUAUGGGUAUUUGGCAUUUCCUCUCCAAGACAGAGCACCUUCUGGAAGUGAUAAUAAAUCUUAAUCCUUUGAUUUUAGCAUGAACUGGAAAAAGCUUCUGAUCUAAUAAUUUGUUUAAUGAGCCAUUACCCUGGUAGGGUAUUCACAGUGGUUUAUACAAAAAUAAUAAUUAUAAUGAGUUACUACAAUAGGAACUUCUUUCCCUGCCUUUUGAAAUGUCUGCAGCUACCCUUCAGGAAAACAGGAAGCUCCUUAUACCAAUGGAUUUUAGUAAGCCAUAAUGUGGCUUGGACAGUUAUAGCUAAGCAUAUAGUUUGGUUAAUGGCUUAGUAGUUAUGAACUAAGCUAUUGUCUUGUUCAACAAAUUAUGGUUAAAAUAAAUGAUGUCUUUAUAUGCUGUAUACACUAAUAAUGUUAUGUAAUUCAGUAUAGCCAACAUGAACAGACAUAAUUUUGCAGGGAUGCUGGCUAAAGUUGCUCUUAUUCUCCCCAAUCCUUCUUGCAAAUAAUAUAUUUGAGAAUCUGAUUAUAGUAGUAGAUUUGUAUAAGCUUAGACAGAAAGUGUACACCUAUAUUUUGUUUGUUUGUUUCAGGUUUAUUUAUAUUUAUAUGAACAUUCAAUCCUUGCUGUGCAAUAAGGAUGAAAGACUGAAAGUUUCCAUUAGUUUGACUUUAGUAAUGUAAAAUGAAAGUAAUAAAAUUAAUAAUUGCAUUGAUGUAAAUAAAGAGGCAGUCAUGCUUCUUUUACAAAAGGUUUGUGAAUUACUUUUUUCUACUGCUUAUAAAAAGGGACACUUUUUUCAUUAGAAAGAUCAUUAUGAUCUACUUAAUGGAUUUCACAUUAAACCAAAUUUCAAUCUCAACUGAUAGAAACAUGCCGUAGAUACAGUAAGGUUUUUUUUUUGUUUUUUUUAAAAAGCCCACUUGUAGAAAUUGAGAGUACAAGGCAAUAUCCUUAAAGGUGAGAUGAAUACAAGGCAAAGGAAAUACAAGGAAAAAGGCAUUUGAUUGGAUCCUAUUGGAGAGCCAAUUUAUUGUAGUGUAGUGUUUUGGCACUUGGGAUUAGAAAUAGAGACUCAGGUUCUCAGUUACAGUUACAGGUACUCAUUGGGUAACUUUUGGCCAAUCAUACUAUCUGUGUCCAGCCUACCUCAUAAGAUUGCAGUUAUGAAAUAAAACGGACACAGCCUUUCCCUACCUUGACUUAAAAUAUAAAAAUAGCGGUGGAAUAAAAAGUCUUUUAAAAAGAAUGCAUUAGUAACAUUAAGAGGUAUUCCUUUGCAUAAAAACAAAAAUCUCCCAUUUCAUCAUUAUAUCAAAGGUGUUAAUCAUAUAUGCACUGCACUUCUGUUUAUAGUUUACACUUCUGUUUACACAAAAAGGCUUUUGAAAAAAGCAAGGAUAAAAAACCUCAUUGUAUGCUCAUUCCAAAGAUUGCAUGAUUUCAUUUAUCUAAAUCUUGAGGCCAAUACUUUGUGUGUUACUGUACAUAGAUUUUUAAUCCCUGUUGGACUAUAUAUGCACUUUACUUUUUCUCAGUCUGGUUAAAUUUAGCGUCUGCAAUACGAUUUUUUAAAAUCAGGGCCAAGACUGGGUUCCAAUACAUUCGAAGGAUAUCAGGUUGGGAAAGUGCAAUAGUUCCUGUAGUAACAGGACAAAUUUUCAUGAUCACAAGAGAUAAUUAGGGAUUGUUUGCUUGUUGAAUAUAAAGUUUAUACUUGUGCAGUAUAAAAAAAAGGCUUAAAUGUGCAUUUAUUUUUUGAAACAUCAAACAUGGGAUGUUUGAUGGUAGUUUAGAUCCCAUAAUCGAAUGGGAUAAAUCAUAAGACAUAAAUUACGUAAUAUUGAGCGGCGUUUUUCGUGUUUACACUAAAAAGAAAACCCCACUGCGUCCAAGCAGGUAACUAUCCAGCGGGAUCAAUGAGUAAGCCUUGCUGAGGUCAGUGACGCUGCCUCCGAGUAAAUGAGGCAAGCAUUGAUUUCUAAGGAUAUGACGCUUACCUGAUUUUUUCUUCCCCACUGCUGUCCUCCAAUAAAUGAAUAAUUAAAAUCCCCGUCUCCUGUCUAUGCCACUUAUUCUACUUUUAGCCUUACCUGGCUCUCCUUAUCCCUGAGAUAAGGAAAGCCUCCCGGACAGGAGCCCAGCCACCAAGCAGCACGCGGCUGCAACAGCAAUCCUUCGAUAGGCAUUGCGCACGGCGGAGCUGCAAUCCGGGAUUUGCAAAAGGAAGGAAUUCCGAGCGGAGAAGAGAGGUCCGGUCCUCCUCCUCCUCCUCCUAGACGCGCGCCGCCUCGUCUCCACUCCUGCAUGGGACGUUCCCUUCCUCUUCCUUCCGGGUGGCGUCCCGUUCCACUUGCCGCUCCAAGGAGCGAAUGAGAGCGCCUGUGGAGGGCUUUGUCCCUAGACGCUCUCCGUACGAGCGAUGCUCCCGGCUUCGCUCCUCUUGGAGCCUCUUUCCAAGAUGGCGGCUGCACAGCCAGCUCGGCGCAGUUGGGUCUCUGCAGCCGGGUCGUGAGCAAGCGAGUGGGUGACAUCGCCUCUUUUUGUCGGUCAGUUGCCCCCCCGCGCUCCUUCGCUCUGGUCGCCUGGCCGGGCUGCGGAAGAGCUCCUGCGGGUUGCCAUGCCUGCCCUGGUGCACGCAUGAAAGACGCCGCCGCCGCCUCCGUCAGAGCCAUGGAGGAGCCAAAGCCGGAGUGCAGCUGCUCGGCAAGCAGGCAAGAGUGCAGAUUGGAAGAUGCUACUUGCAAGAUAUCCGAAUCUGAUACUGAAGACUUAUCGGAUGAAGCAAAUACUGAAACUUUCUAUGGAACCUCCCCUCCUAGCACACCACGGCAGAUGAAACGCCUGUCAACAAAACAUCUGAAAAGUAACGUUGGGAAACCUACCAACCGUUCUGCCUUGAAAGAGAAAAUGAGCUUACCCAACCAACUGCCUCACAAAGAUAAUAUUAAAAUCUCCGAGAACUCAGAAGAGCACAGCUAUAAGCAGGGGAAAAAGAUCCGAGCCACCUUAAGGACAACUGAGAGGGAUCACAAGAAAAACGUACAGUGUUCGUUCAUGUUGGACUCGGUUAGUGGGUCCUUACCAAAAAAGUCAAUUCCGGAUGUUGAUCUCAAUAAGCCUUACCUCAGCCUUGGCUGCAGCAACGCUAAGCCUCCAGUAUCUGUACCCGUGCCUAUAGCCAAAACUACACGCCAGACGUCUCGUACCGAUUACCCAGCAGACCGCUUAAAAUUUUUUGAGACCCUGCGGCUAUUGCUAAAGCUUACCUCAGUUUCCAAGAAAAAGGACAAAGAGCAGAAAGGCCAGGAAAGCACUUCCUCUGUUGAAUUAAACCGAGCCAAUGAAUUAAUCUGGCUUGAAUUGCAGGCAUGGCAUGCAGGGCGGACUAUUAAGGACCAAGACUUCUAUUUGUACACAGCUCGUCAAGCCAUCCCUGAUAUUAUCAAUGAAAUUUUUACUUUCAAGGUAAACUAUCGGAACCUCUCCUGUGUGGGAAAUGGAGCUAGUCUUAAUGGUACGUCGGCAAGACAGUGUAAAGCAGCCCAUGGAGCUAAUGUAAUGGGCUACUCAAGCUAUCACGAGCACCUCCAUCGCCAGCGGGUCUCUUUUGAACAGGUAAAGCGGAUAAUGGAGCUGCUAGAAUACGUAGAAGCACUUUAUCCAUCUCUGAAGGCCCUUCAAAGUGACUAUGAAAAAUAUGCUGCAAGGGAUUUUCAGGACAGGGUGCAGGCACUUUGUCUUUGGUUAAACAUUACAAAAGAUUUAAACCAGAAACUAAGGAUUAUGGGGACUGUUUUGGGCAUCAAGAAUCUGUCUGUCAUUGGCUGGCCAGUGUUUGAAAUCCCUUCUCCUCGUUCAUUCAGGGACAAUGAUCCAGAGGAUGAAGUUUACGAUGAAGACGAGGAUGAUGAUAGGGUAACCUCAGGUGCAUGCACAGAGGAAAGUGAAGAUGAAGAACAAAUCUCUAAGGAGAAUGUGGAGGAACUCAGACAAGCCAUCCGGAAUAAUCUUGCCAAUAAGGGAAAUUUUGACUUUGAGGCACAGGACCAUUUGUCAAGGAAGUUUGAUAGGCUUGAAUCUGAAGAUGACUCAACCUGCUGGGCAGUUACAGAGUGCAGCAGAGAGAUAGACUGCGGCACACAUUGUACGACCUCUAUUUAUAGGCCAUUUGUAGAUAAAGCACUGAAACAGAUGGGGUUGAGGAAACUCAUUUUAAGACUGCACAAGUUAAUGCAUGGCUCCUUGCAGAGAGCCCGAAUGGCAUUGAUAAAGAAUGAUCAGCAGCUGGAGUUUUCUGAAUACCCAGAUCCCAUUUUACGUUCAGAUUAUGUGCAGUUGUCAAAUUCUCCGGCUUCUUCAGAUCAGAAAUGCAGUACUGUAUCAUGGGAAGAGUUGAAAUCUAUGGAUUUGCCAUCUUUUGAACCUGCCUUUCUGGUUCUUUGCCGAGUUCUUCUCAAUGUUAUCCACGAGUGUCUCAAAUUAAGAUUGGAACAGCAGCCUGCUGGGGAGCCAUCCCUCCUGAGUAUUAAGCAGCUAGUGCGCGAGUGUAGAGAGGUUCUAAAAGGUGGCCUCCUGAUGAAACAAUAUUAUCAGUUUAUGUUACGCGAGGUUGUGGAUGACCUUCAGAACCACUGCAACAUCGACUCUUUCGAAGAAGACUUGCAGAAGAUGUUAACGGUUUAUUUUAAUUACAUGCGAGGCUGGAUCCAAAUGCUACAGCAGUUACCUCAGGCAUCUCAUAGUUUGAAGAAUCUUUUGGAAGAAGAAUGGAAUUUCACCAAAGAAAUAACGCCUUAUAUACGAGGAGGUGAAGCUCAAGCUGGGAAACUAUUCUGUGACAUCGCAGGACUACUAUUAAAAUCAACAGGACUCUUUUUGGACUCUGGGUUACAAGAGAGCUGUAAUGAAUUUUGGGCUAGUGCUGAUGACAGUGCUGCUUCAGAUGAAAUCAGGAGGUCUGUUAUAGAAACCAGCCGGGCAUUGAAAGAGCUCUUUCAUGAAGCUAGAGAGAGAGCAUCGAAAGCUCUUGGCUUUGCCAAGAGAUUAAGAAAGGAUCUUGAAAUAGCAGCGGCAUUCACAUUAUCUGCCUCUGUGAGGGAUUUCCUUGCUGCUCUGAAAGCACAGAAGUAUGAAAAGGUACAAAUUUCUGGGCUUGAAAAUUUACAAAUCUUCGUGCCAGAUACUUUUGCACAGGAAAAAUCUCUUAUCUUGCAGUUGCUUAAUGCAGCUGCUGGAAAGGAUUGCUCAAAAGAUUCUGAUGAGGUCGCAGGGGAAUCAUUUUUACUGAUGACAAAAUACAGUGAAAAAGACCAAGAAUUUGAUGACAGCUGGAGCACUUGGGAAGGCCAGUCAAUCAAAAUAGUUCCUCAAGUGGAAACUAUUGAUACAUUGAGAAGUAUGCAGGUUGACAACCUCCUCCUUGUGGUAAUGCAACCGGUUCAUCUUGUGAACCAGAGAAAAGCCUUUCAGCAGUUAUUUGAAGGAUUGAUCUCUUUGCAGCAGGAGCAAACUUCCAGCCAACCAGUAAUUGCCAAAGCUUUGCAACAACUGAAGAGUGAUGCUUUGCACCUGUGCAAUAAGAUCAGCAGCGCAAUCGAUAGAGUUGAUCAUAUGUUCACUUCUGAAUUUGAUGCUGAACUUGAUGAAUCAGAAUCUGCCACCCUACAGCAAUAUUAUAGAGAAGCCAUGAUUCAGUGUUACAAUUUCGGCUUUGAGUAUCACAAAGAAGUCAUCCGACUAAUGUCUGGAGAAUUUAGAAAGAAAAUAGGAGACCAGUAUAUCAGUUUUGCAAGAAAAUGGAUGAAUUAUGUCCUCACUAAAUGUGAGAGUGGACGAGGCACCAGACCCAGGUGGGCAACACAGGGGUUUGAUUUUCUUCAAGCCAUUGAACCAGCCUUUAUUUCUGCUCUGCCUGAAGAUGAGUUCUUGAGUUUGCAGUCAUUGAUGAAUGAAUGUAUUGGCCAUGUUAUUGGAAAGCCUCACAGUCCUGUUACAGGUUUGUACCUUGCUAUUCAUCGGAAUAGCCCUCGCCCUGUGAAAGUACCUCGAUGCCAUAGUGAUCCCCCAAAUCCUCACCUCAUCAUCCCAACACCUGAAGGAUUCAGAGGCUCCAGUGUUCCUGAAAAUGAUCGCCUGGCUUCAAUUGCUGCUGAACUACAGUUUAGAUCACUAAGUCGACAUUCAAGUCCCACAGAAGAACGAGAAGAGCCAUCUUAUCCAAAAGGUGAUACAAGUGGAACAGCCCGACGAAGUUGGGAGCUUCGGACUCUUAUCAGUCAGACCAAAGACACGGCUUCCAGGCAGGGACCUAUGGAAGCAGUUCAGAAAUCUGUCCAGCUGUUUGAAGAAAAGAGGUACCGGGAAAUGAGACGGAAAAACAUCAUUGGCCAAGUUUGUGACACGCCCAAAUCCUAUGAUAACGUCAUGCAUGUAGGCUUAAGAAAGGUCACUUUUAAGUGGCAGAGAGGAAACAAAAUUGGAGAAGGCCAAUAUGGAAAAGUGUAUACCUGUAUCAGCGUUGACACUGGUGAAUUGAUGGCAAUGAAAGAAAUAAGAUUUCAACCCAAUGAUCACAAAACGAUAAAAGAAACUGCAGAUGAAUUGAAAAUUUUUGAAGGCAUUAAGCAUCCUAAUCUGGUCCGCUACUUUGGUGUAGAACUUCAUAGGGAAGAAAUGUACAUCUUCAUGGAGUAUUGUGACGAGGGGACCCUGGAAGAAGUGUCAAGGCUGGGCCUCCAGGAGCACGUUAUUAGACUCUAUACAAAGCAGAUCACAACUGCCAUCAAUGUGUUACACGAACAUGGUAUAGUGCAUCGAGAUAUUAAAGGAGCAAACAUCUUUCUUACAUCAUCAGGAUUGAUAAAGCUGGGAGAUUUUGGCUGCUCAGUAAAAUUAAAGAAUAAUACCCAAACAAUGCCUGGAGAGGUGAAUAGUACUCUAGGAACUGCUGCAUACAUGGCUCCUGAAGUGAUUACGAGAGCUAAAGGAGAAGGCCACGGGCGAGCAGCAGACAUUUGGAGCCUUGGAUGUGUUGUGAUUGAAAUGGUCACAGGGAAGAGACCCUGGCAUGAAUUUGAACACAACUUUCAGAUUAUGUACAGAGUAGGGAUGGGUCAUAAGCCUCCGAUUCCUGAAAGGAUAAGUCCAGAAGGAAAAGGUUUCCUUUCUCAUUGCCUGGAGAGUGAUCCAAAGAUGAGAUGGACAGCUAGCCAGCUCCUCGAUCAUUCGUUUGUCAAGGUGUGCACAGAUGAAGAAUGAAGCUAUGCACAUGGUUGCCUGUACUCGGGUGAAGUAUUUUUGAAUCACUACUAUAUGUAAUAUUUACAUUUGGACUGUGUUGAGACACAGGAAUAUGACUCAAGGCCUAACAUGACUGAAGACUGCACAAGUGACAGGCGUCACUUUUACUGCUGCUGCUGUUUGUUUCCCUUGGCACCUGUUGUUCCCCCUGGCAGCCCCCAUGAGUUUAAAGAAGCUGCAUGUUUCAGUGAAAGUGCCAUUACUACUGUAUAAUGGACCAUGAACUUAUUUUUGUCCUUUCUCUGUUUCUCAGAUGACUGAGAACUGUAAUGUUAAUAUGUAGGAUUUUUGAACUUUUAGGUUCAAAAACAAAGUUAGUGUUAUAUCAGGCAGUCUGAACCUUAUUUUUAAUCUCCUGUUUGUUGAGUGCACUGACUGUGAACUUCUACUUUUCUGUUUUUUUUUUGUUUCUGUUUUUUAUUGGCCAGCUUGAUUUGUUAUGCAGAUGUUGAUUGAAGAAAUUUAAAAGCUUUUUCUCAAUAAAUGGUUUAUUUUAGGAA